AUUCAGAUACUAUAUAUUCAUGCCAUAAAGCCCUAAAAGUCAUCAACUAGAAACUAUUUUCAAUUGAAUGACAAAUAACAUUAUCAAAGACAAUUAUAUUUUAUAUAAAAAUUAUUUCUUCAAGUGCAUUCAUCAUGUUUGUGUUCGCCUUUGGACCUUGGAGUGCAGAGCGCCCGUCAACAACAGCUUGUUGCAACAACACUCGACAGCGGCAACCUGUGGAGCCUGCGUGCCAUUAGCCAUGGAGCAUGAAACAAAAGCCGAGAGCCCAGUAAGAUGAUGGGGAUGGGGGGCAUCUCCAGUGGGAGAUUGGGAGAGGGGGAUGGCUGGGAUGCCUGGGCCAAGAAUCGAGCGGAGCUGGAGUGCAUCGGGCAACUGCCACAAUGCAUUUGCGAUAAAUGGCUGGCCUGCCUGGAUGGCUCGAUGGCUGGAAGGCCCUUAAAAGCCAACGACAACAACGACGACGACGAAGUGAAAGAUUUGCGCAGUGAGAUAGCUCAUUUUGGAUCUGAGCCGGGCCCAGUCGGGACAAGCCGAGACCAGCCGGGGUCUUGGGCCCCAGUUCUUCGUUUGUUACCUUGGCUAAUCGGCGGCUAUGUAAAAUGGCUGUUGUACGUGCGGCGACUGGAGUUGCAGCCUCAGCCUUAUGGAUCCAAAGUCAAGACCAUAGACGUGAUGCUGCUGUUGCUGUUGCAAUUGCAAUUGCUGUGGUGUCAACAUCAGCAACAUGAAGCAGCAACAUCGCCCGUAUUGGACCCAUGCCGACCGCAGCCGCAUUCCGAAAUGUAAGGAUUCAUGCCGCCCCACUGGCAACAGCCCCGGCAAGGUCAAUAAAUCCAGAAAGCCCGAUUCGCUGGAGAGGAAAUAAUGUGGAUGAUGAUGGGAAAGUCUAUUAGUGCUUCAGGCUUCUUCGGUUGAGUUCCUGGAUCCUGAAUGUUCGGCCUCUCCUGCUACCCCCAGGAUAUUAAAUGGACGUCCGGCAGACACACUAAGCAAUCAAUGGUUGGUGUUUCUCCAAAAUGAAGU